CUGCUCCUCGCUGCAGCUCCCGGCGUCCUUGGGACAGGUAUGGCCUUUCGUCCGCCCCGUGAGGCGGGGGCAGGAAGCACUCAUCGCCCGCACUGCUCCUGGGCCGCGUCCCCCGGGUGCUCCCGAUGUCCCCGGGUGGAGCCGUGCCGGUCGGGGCCGGGGGACGGCGGACUGCGCUGGGGGCGACGGUCGGGCAGAAGCCGGUCCUGGGCAGCACGUGGGGUGGGAAGAACGGGGGGAACGGGAGCCGGGCCGGGGCUGCCCCCUCCUGCAUCAGCUCACACAGGCGCUGUGACCCCGGCCCCGCUGCUCCCACUGCAGCCUCAUUGCAGAACCUGCACCUGUGUGAGGGCUACGUGGGCCCUGACGGCCGCUACCACCCCGGCUUCUGCUGCCCGCGCCUGACGGACCCGGCCACGCACCGCUACUGCUGCCGGCCCGGCCCGCACGUCCUCAAGGGCUGCUGCUCGCGGCUGGGCGUGGAGGUGCUCACCGGGCUCAACAUCAGCGGGCUGCCCGCGCCCGGCCUGCUGCGACAUCCCCUGGCGCUGCCCUUCGUGGGGCUCUACGGGCUGCUCGUGCUGAUCCUCGUGGCCCUCGACCUCGCCCACUUCUACCGCACCCAGCGCUGCGCCCUCGGCCGCCGCCUGCUCCGCGCCCCGUGCCUGCCCUGCCGCUCCCCCAGCUCCGCAGCCCCGGCACCACGCGCUGCCGGCGGGGGGGCGUAGGGUCCCGGUGCCCUCUGCGGGCUGGGGGAGGGCAGAAAAGGGGCACGGGGACGGAGGGGGG